AAUAUACUGUAUGAUGAUAAAGUAUGUCAUAUUUGUGAUCACUGGUAAAAUAACUGACUAUUCUGUGUUGAAUUGGCUUGGCGCAGCCAGCAGAGGUAGCUGUCAAUUUUUCCUCUCCAUCAAAUGCAGAACCACACGCCAUCUUUGUUUUGGGCAAACUACGUCAGUUCGACGACGGAGCCAUUUUCCUCCCCUGUGAUUGGCUGAAUCCGGUCUCGAUGAACGUCACGUAUAUUUGGCGCUCUUCGUUUCUCGACCGGUCUGGCGCGUUUUUAGAAAGAGCAACAAACUGUCAAGAAAACAUGAAUUUUGAAUUCCUACUCGGAACAUUUUGGAAAAUACCCUCGUAAGGUUUUUCCAGUUUAAUGUUCAGUAUGUUCGUGGCUGACAUGUUGGAGACGUUUGGACCAACUGUUGGACGCGCGAGGAGCGGAGCUGCUUUGAGAGUAGCAUCUACCGAAGUCUGCUAGCUUGUUGUUUUACAGUGACGUCCAUAUGUCUGGUGGCUCCACACUGAUGUCCGCCGCACACAAUGAACUUUGCGUCUGUUGUUUAUCCACACACUCGGGGAAGUGAAUAGGAAAAAGUCAAGAAGACGAAGUAGCAGCAAGUUACACUUUCACUUUUUAUCAGGUCUCUUUAAAAGUAUGGCUGGUGUUGUGGCGAUGGCAUCCGUCAUUGAGGACUUUGACACCCAGCCUUGCAAGAAAUCCCGCAAAGAUGGAGGCAGUCAUAUUGUCAAGACCAUCACAAACUAUUUCUCUCCCGUGCCCAAGCCUGUGGAGAAACCCUUUUCACCGCCUCGCUCCAACAACAUCGCCGACUACUUUGGCCGGAAGGCGCCGUCCUCUAAAGAAAAGACCGGCUCCCCCGAACAGUUGAAGGAGAACUGUCGGACGUCUGAGCUCGCAGAAAAACGCACAGGCCCAGAAGCGUCGGUGAAACGGCAAUCUCAGAAACGGAGGAGAAAGGCCAGCAAAGCUGCAAGGAAACUUGUGGAGGCUGAAACCUUUAGCUUCGCAGAGGAGGCGAGCUGCCUGAUUGUCGAGAAACCACGUGAUGGCAGAGACUCGGCAGCUGAAGCAGUCGGCAGCUGUAGUCUUCUUGGCAGUGAUACAGCGGCCCUCGUUACCCAGCUUAGUGCUGAGGCUUGUGCCACUGAGACUGUCGGCGAUGAGCAGGCUGAAGAAGAUGGUCCCGAAUGUGGGAACAAACUUAUUUUGGAACUAAACGGUAUUGAAUUGUCUCCAAUUGUACCGUCAAAAGACAAAGCAAAACAAGUCAAAAACCGGAAUUCAAGGAAGGCAAAGCAUUCGGAACCAGAGGAGAAGGACAAAGAGAGCUCCUUGUGUGAUGUCAGUAUGGAGGUCAAUGUGGAUGAGGCCUCGAGGUUAAACAACAGCACAGUCACCAUCUCCUUCGAAGAGUUUGUGCGGAGCCACGGCGGUGGUGAAGAGGACACGGGAGAUGAACAGUGCAGAGACGGCGAAAGUAAAAUCACAACAGAGGCAGAAGAUAUGGACACUGACCAGUUGGACGUCCCUAAAGCUGAAGAAAAUGUCGAUUCUGCAGAGCCACCGUUUCACGUCUCACCCCGAACCGUCACCAUCCAGGCUGAAGUGCAUGUAAUCUCACCCAAACAGGAAGCCGCCAUGGCGGGGGGGAGAUUAGCUUCCAUCUUCAGCAGGAGAAAGGGGGCGAUGAGCCCUGUGUCGUCUCCUCGCGUGGAGGCCGAACACCAACUUCCUGCUACGACUCCGACUGUUAGGCGUAGAUCCAACGUGGUUCUUCAAGAGGAGGAUCUAGAGCUGGCUGUGCUCGAGAGUGACUCCAUGCCCAAGUGCAGCGAGGCACAGAGGAAGCAGUUCAUGGCGGCCUUCAAACAGCCCAGUCUGGACGCCUCCAAAACCAAGCCUGCUAAGAGCCAGAGCAAGCAGAAGCAGGCUGGGGAUGAUGCGGACAAAUUUGCUGAAGAAGACGCUGUAAUUGCACCCGCUGUUGAGCAAGUCCCUGCUGCCUCUCAGGAAGACAAAGUAGUUAAAAAGAAACCAGCAAGAAAAGGCAGAAAGAAAGCUAAAGAAGAAGAUGAAGCCAUCACCACACCAGCUGAUGCUGUGGAAGAAACGGUGGCCGCAGUUGUUGAGGUUGAUGAUAACAGAGAGGAGAUAACAGAGAUCACCUCAACUCCCUCCGUCCCGGCGGUGAGGAGGUCCAAAAGAGAAGCUGUGGUCCGGCAAGCGCCUGAGCUCACCCCAACGAGCCCCGCCAGAAAAAACAGGAAACGCAACGAGUCGAAGGACGACGCUGCUGCUGCUGCUGCUGCUUCACCCAAUCACAGCCCUGCAAAGAUGUCCACCCCAAAGAUACGCAAGUCCAAACGCACAGUCUUCGUAGCAGAGAUGGUGUGCCCACCUGACACAAAAGAAACCCCGAUCAGGAUUAAAUUUACUAGAGUCCAUAGAAGCGUUUCCACGGCCAAGCCUGAAAGUGGCAUCAACUCUUUUGCUAAAACAUCAAAUGACUCCAAAAAAAGGAAGCAGGCCAAGAAGCUGGUGGAGAAAGCCAAAGUGAUCCAGCGGAGUAAAAAAACAGCCGUCAAGGAAAAGGACACGUUGAGGCGUUCGUCACGAGCUGAGACCAAGAAGAGCUACUGUGAAGACGAGGAUUCUGUCAUCUGCCUGGAGGAGGACCAGACAGAAAAGAGUAAAACCCAGAAGCCUCUACGCAGCCUACAUGAAGUUCUGGGGAAAGCGUCUGUUGGCAAAGACACCAAGACUGUCCCAGUCUCCAAAGGGGCCUCGCUGGGCCAAGAGAAGACCACUCGGAAGGCGUCUGUGGUGAUUUCCAUCUUUGACGACAGCAGCUCUGAAACCUCUCAGGACGACGAGCAGUUCAGAGCUCGCAAAGAGUUCUUGAAGAGCGGCCUCCCCGAGUCCUUCAGGAAACAGAUCGCGAAGACGGCCGCCAGCAGGGAGGCGUACUCUGUCUCCUCUUCCUCCUUUCAGCCAGUUCUUCACAUGAGGCAACCAUCACACGAUCCAGAGUGGGCAUCCUACAAGCUGGGUGUUUUUGUGUGUCUGAACUGCUCCGGCAUCCAUCGCAGCCUGUACAGCCGGGUCAAAUCCAUAAAGCUGGACUUCUGGGAGGAUGAACUGGUGGAGGUAUGGUCCCCACUUCUGUUAUCAUUGCUAUGGUAA